AUGGUGCUCACGAAACGCUCUAGACCCCGGAAAGACAGCGACUCCGCCUCGGAUGAAUCAACCUCAGACCAAACCGAGGAGCAGCUCCGGGAAGACAGCAAAAAACUCAAGGGUGAACUGGAAGAGUUGAAGGAUGGAAAAACAGCAUGUCUUCAUAAGCAAUCUUUCUUUGCGACACGGAGAUUUCUGUUCUCUCUCGGCAUACUUUUUGGCAUUCUCUUUGGCUUCUCCUUGAUUGAUCGAACGGAUAUUGAGGGGAUGCAGGCUCAACUGCUACUCUUCAUGGAUGAAUAUGAUAUUUCUCUCCCAGCACUCCCAGACUUCGAUUUUUCUCGAGUUGAGGCCGAGUGGAUCCGACUGCGAAGCAAUAUUCCCGAGCUAUGGAAGUUCAAUCGUGAUGGGCGAGAAUUCGAGGUCGGUGAGAAGAUGGCAGAAAGAGGACUGUCAGCCGAAUAUCCCGUCAUUCUCGUUCCCGGCGUCAUCUCAACAGGACUAGAAUCAUGGUCUACUACUCCAGACUAUCGUCCUUUCUUCCGCGAGAAGUUGUGGGGAGGAUUCAAUAUGUUGAGCCAAGUUACAUUCAACCGCGAAAAGUGGAUAGCGGCAAUGAUGCUUGAUCCAAUCACCGGACUCGAUCCUUCUGAUGUUAAGAUAAGAGCCGCGCAAGGUAUAGACGCUGCUAGCAGUUUUAUUCAAGGAUACUGGAUUUGGUCCAAAAUUGUUGAGAAUCUAGCCGUCGUAAAUUACGACACCAAUAAUCUGUUUCUGGCACCAUACGACUGGCGCUUAUCCUAUUAUAAUCUGGAGGAAAGGGAUGGCUAUUUUUCAAGACUCAAGUCUGUUAUAGAGAGUUUCAAGCGGAGGGAGAGGAAGAAGACCGUUAUCGCAGCACACUCCAUGGGCGCCACGUCGUUCAUACUACUCCAGCUAAUUCCCGUGUUUACAAUCUAUUUCAAAUGGGUAGAAUCUCCCUCAUACGGCGGAGGUGGACCCACCUGGGUCGAGGAUCAUAUCGAGGCCUACAUUUCCAUCGGAGGUACUCAUCUUGGCGUGGCAAAGGCGAUGGCUGCAUUCCUAUCCGGUGAAAUGAAAGACACCGUACAAAUGAAUCCUGCCGGCUCUUAUGUGCUCGAGCGGUUUUUCUCGCGAGCAGAACGCAGGAAAUUGUUCCUCUCUUGGGCUGGAAGUGCUAGCAUGUGGAUCAAGGGUGGCGAUGCGGUAUGGGGGAAUGCUCACUUCGCGCCAGAUGAUCAGUCCGACUCAAUACAUACUCAUGGAGAGUUAGUUGCUUUCCGGGAGUCCCAGAUGCUGUCAGUGGGGAACGAUGGUGUAGGAAAUAUGACUUCAGAACAAGCCGGAACUUGGAUCCUGCAACAUACCCCUGCAACUUUCCAGAAAAUGAUGGCUACCAACUAUUCCGUUGGGAUUGAAAGAGACGAAGCGACCUUGAAGCGGAAUGAUGGCGAUCAUACGAAGUGGUCGAAUCCGCUUGAGGUUAGACUACCCAAUGCACCGUCCAUGAAAAUGUAUUGCGUUUAUGGACACGGGAAGGAAACCGAGCGUUCAUAUUGGUACGCAAGGGGUGCAUACGAACAUGACGGCAACUCUGUCGAUGGCUUGAACCCGACCUGCUCAGAUCCCGCUGAUAGUGAAUGUGUAACCGAACGACCCCCGCUAGAUAUGCCUUUGACAAGGAAAAGUUGGAUUGAUGCAGAUUAUACUAACGAGACUUUAAGUCCCAAGGUCCGUAACGGUGUCAAAAUGGGAGAAGGCGACGGGACAGUUAGUCUUCUCAGUCUUGGUGCCAUGUGUGUUGAAGGGUGGAAACGGCCACGUUGGAAUCCGGCUGGUAUCAAGGUCACUACAGUUGAACUACCGCAUCUGCCUGUUCCAUCGAUACCGCGUGGUGGAGCAAAUACGAGCGACCACGUCGAUAUCCUCGGAUCUACGGGUUUGAAUGAAAUCAUAUUGAAAGUGGCGACGGGAGUAGGCCACGAGGUGGAAGAGAAUAUCGUCUCUAAUAUCCGAGAGUAUGCAAGGCGCAUACAGUGGGAUCUUGACUAGGAGGUGGAGCUGGCGCUCAUCCUGUGACCGUGAUCUCUGGCAAGACCCAGUUUUAUAGACGUUACGCCUAUGACCGGUGGUGGUAGACUACUAUUAGUACAGGACUAGUACUUGUGAUACUUUUAAUUAUUCUGUCGAAUCUGAUUCCUUGGACGCUAG